AUGGAGUGGUUAACGAGCGCUGAGGGUGUGAAUGCCCGUCAGGAGCUGGAGGCGUCCGUUCAUGAGCACCACCCUCACUUGCGUGAUGAGGAGGUUGACCUCAUUGUGGACGGCCGUCUACUACGCAUGGUUUGGGAGCGCGCGGCGGAGCAAGCACCUGCAAGCGGCCAGCAAGGAGGAACUGGUGUAGGAGGAGCUGUGCUCGAAGCUCCAACUGCCGUGGGCAUUGAUGGAGGAGGUGUUGCACUGACCAUUGACACGGGAAUGAUCGGGACGAGCUACGGUCAAUUCAAGUUUGGAGUUGAACACAUCUCCGUGACGCCGCUGCUGGAGGGAAGGCACGACCUUACCGCGUGGACCCAGUUAGCCCAACUUAGGAAGGGAGACGAUGAGACGGCGGAAUCCUACUGCAAUAAGGCCCGCACCAUCCGAGCGGAGCUGCUGACCAUUGGACAAGAGGUCCACAUGGCUACGUUUGCCGCUCACGUGCUGAAGGGCCUGCCACGAGAGUACGGAUUUCUUCGCCGCAAGCUCAAAAUUUCCAGCCCUGACAUGACGGUGGAACGCGUGUGCAGCGAGGUGUUGAUGGAGGAGCAGACUCUUUCCAUCGAACAGAGCUACAAGCAUAUCACCAGCGAUGUAUCUGCUUUUUCGGGCGCUGACAACACCAUCAUGGCUACAACGGAGGUCAACGGGAAGGAAGGAAAAGGGGGAAGGGAGCAGAUGGACAAGAAGAAGGAUGGCAAGCGGGAGAAGAAGCGAGCCCUCUUCAAGGGGCGCUGCUACAACUGCAAUGAGGAGGGGCACAUGGCUGCCAAGUGCCCCAACAAGAAGAAAGAUACAACGCCUACGGCAGCCGCGAAUGUAGCUGAAGGAGACGAGAAGGGUGUGGCACUCACCGUCGCGUGUUCGGCUUCAAAGCUGCUGGCUGACAGCAAGGACUUGUGGUUCCUUGACUCAGGAUGCUCCCAACCCAUGACCGGCUGCAAGGAGUGGUUCACGGUGAUCCGCGACCCAUCUGCAACGAAAUCAGUCAAAGGGUUUGAUGGUUCUAUGCAAGAAGUUGCCGGUAUUGAAGAGAAUGACGAAGCGGCCAACCUCACAACAUAUGCAGUGGGGACCGAGGCGAUGCUCAACCUGCGGCACACUCACCUUGAGAAUGACCAUGCUGGUGUGGUGCAGUGGACAGCCACAAACAGUGGCAUGCUAAGCAUGGACCUAGAGAAAGGAGGAACGGACACGUCGAGCGCCUCCUCCCAAGAAGCCAAACUCACUCGUCAAACGCUUCCGCUGCCUGACGAGCGAGAGGGGGAGGUUCUUGGGAUGGUCCAUGGCCCUGAGCAGAAUCAGCCGCCGUCACGUAUCAUCAUCAUAAUCCCAGUGCCGUCCGUGCAAGGGGGAAAACAACCGUUUGAUCGUUCAGUUGACUCUGCGGGCAGCAACGCAAACAUGGCUCCGUUAGCUCUCUGUCCAUCCUUAGCUGCUGGCUUGGCACCUGUGGGACCAGAGGUUGGUCUCUCUGCGGAUGGACGUCAUGCAGCUGAUGAAGACAAAGAAGGAGAGGCAACGGAUCUGAAAUCGACGGCAACCCGUGGGAAGGACCCCAUACCCACGGUUCCGCCCCUCCAGCCCAUUCCCCCACCCCCAUGUCAUUCUAGCAGGUCCAACAAGGGUAUGCCACCUGUUCGGCUUCCCGCAUCCACCAUGACAGCCUUGGAUGCGGUUGAUGACAACAACAUGUACGGCAUUGCAUUCCUUGCUGGAGGUGCUUAUGGCACGGACAUCUACUAUGAUGUGGAGUACUUGGAUGAGGCUGAUGAGGAGGAAGGGGGAUUGAGGAGAAUCAUCAUCAACCUCGAGGUAACCUUGACCGGACCUGAAGGCAAGGUGGUGGACAAAGGUCUCCUCAUGGCGGACUACAUGUCAUCCACGAAAGGCUAUCUUGGUCUGCAGAUUGUGUGCGACCACCCCAACAAGACACUCCUCCUGCACUAG